AGGCAACAGUGUGCAGGGCGUGUCCCGGGCUACUCAGCUUGUGCUACGGUGGCCUGGAGAGAACGCUUUUUAGAGCGGGUUUCCGAGGACUAGCUAACAGAGGAGUGGAUUUUUUUCAGCUUCUUUGAGGAAGAAUCGUGGCAUGGAGAAUGGUAUAAAAGAAAGUCAAGUGGGUCUAAGCAAAAAUGGCAAGCAUACUGUACUGCCUACUGCUAUGAAAGAAAACAAAAAUGGUAAAGUAGUCCUUAACUCCUUAAUGUCUGGAGCUUUGGCGGGAGCUGUUGCCAAGACUGCGGUUGCCCCACUGGAUCGAACCAAAAUCAUCUUCCAAGUGUCUUCAAACAGAUUCUCUGCUAAGGAAGCCUACAGGCUGAUAUAUCGCACUUACCUCAAUGAGGGAUUCCUGAGUCUCUGGAGAGGCAAUUCGGCCACUAUGGUGCGGGUCAUCCCCUAUGCUGCCAUACAGUUCUGUGCUCAUGAACAGUAUAAAAAGCUGCUUGGCAGCUAUUAUGGCUUUCAAGGAGCUGCUUUGACGCCCAUCCCCCGCCUUCUGGCAGGAGCUCUCGCAGGUACAACAGCUACAAUGUUGACUUAUCCACUAGAUCUGGUUCGUGCACGUAUGGCUGUCACACCUAAGGAGAUGUACAGUAACAUUUUUCAGGUCUUCAUACGCAUGUCCAAAGAAGAAGGCUUGAAGUCUGUGUAUCGAGGAUUCAAUCCUACUAUUCUAGGAGUCAUUCCCUAUGCAGGAAUCAGCUUCUUCACUUAUGAGACACUAAAGAAGCUACAUGCGGAGAAAAGCGGCAGGGCUCAACCAUACCCUUUUGAACGUCUGCUGUUUGGAGCCUGCGCUGGACUCCUUGGUCAGUCGGCCUCUUACCCACUGGAUGUAGUGAGGAGACGCAUGCAGACUGCUGGCGUAACUGGACAUACAUACAGCUCCAUACUUGGAACCAUGCAGGAGGUGGUGGCAGAAGAAGGCCUUAUCCGUGGACUGUAUAAAGGCCUCAGCAUGAACUGGGUAAAGGGGCCAGUGGCAGUCGGUAUAAGCUUUACUACCUUUGAUCUCACACAGAUUCUUCUGAAGAAGCUCCAGCGAGUGUCUGAUGUUCAACGGUAGAGUGGACGGUCAUUUUGAUGGUACUUUUUAACCUGUUUGCUGUUUCGGAAACAUCCUUUUGACACUGAAGACGUUAGAAACGCACAUUUCUUCUUCCCAGUGUGAAGGAAAAGGUUGGCUUUGCGUUUUUGAAGGAAGUGGUGCUAGUUUAGUUAGCCAAAACAAUAUGGCUACAGUAGAAACAUUGCUGUUGCUAAAAGAGGAGAUGGCAGUGCCAUUGUAUGGAAUGGGGGUGUAGUGGAAGCGGUCUCAGAGAUGCUCCUUAGCCUUUCUGUGCCCUGCUUCAUACGCCAUCACCCCAGCAUUCCCUUGUCUGCCAGAGAUGCCUCGUGCCGGCUUUACCCUUUCUUAAUAAAUCUCUUCUAGACACUUGAAUACCAGUAAUGCAGGCAGUAUCUAAAAUCAAAACGGAUAUUUGGGGCUUCAAGGGCUGCACUACCGGUUCAAUAAACAGGAUAGUACAAGCCAAAUGUACCAUCGUUUACCACAAUUUCACUUGUAUUUUGAAAGACACAAAUUCUAAUUGUACCCUUUCAGCUGCAGUAAAAGAUGUAAAGUGCCAUUAUUGUGAAAAAUAUGUAUACUUGCACAUAGUUGUGCACAUUUUGUCUACGCUCCUAAGUAUGCUGCUUGUUUGCUGUGUGUUUGUGUACAAGUAGGCACUUUAUACACAUGGAAAUUUGGUAUGUGCCUACACGUUCAUAUGAAUAAGGAUGUCUGUGUUAGCAGCCUGUUGGGGAUUAAUAAUCCCUAUUUACCAGUAGUUUUAUACCAAAAGGUUAGGGUGAUAAGGGUUUACGGGGAUCACAGCAGCCUUCUGUACUGGGCAGAGCAGCUGUAGGACAUUUGCUUACCUUGUGCCUACUCGGUCCCAUUAGCUGAACCCCUCUCAUAAUUCAGCUAAUGGAUCCAGAUAAUUCUAGGUCUCUUUUAGGGCAGGUUCACACAUUAAAAGCUAGAACCUAGCCUUAAAGGAGUUGCACAGGAUUAGACCACCAUGUCUUUUGGCGCCACACCUUAUCCACGCUCUGUGUGUAGUAUUUACAGCAAAGGAGCCAAGCCGAAAUAUGAGAUACAACUCAUGGACAGGUGUGGCGGAGUUCUUGUAAGAAAGCAGCCAUGUUUUUCUAAUCCUGGACAAUGCCUUAAAACUUACGCAGUUGUUAACUGUGAGUGUUCUGAAACUGUAACUGUACAGUGCCCACCUAUCUCAGUCAGUCCGAUAGAUGGAUGCGUGACCCCGGACCCCUGUUCUCUUGAUUGGUGGAGGCCACAGCAAUCUGACAUUACUCACCUAUUCUGUGAGUAGAUAAGGGUCUUACGUGGGCCAACCCCUUUAGUGCCCUAUUACACUGCCCAGUGUUCAGGCAGGAUGAGAGCUGAUGAACAAACACGUUGAUCGGCGUUUGUUUUCAUCGGCCUAUUACACAGACCGAUGCAUAGUGAAUGGGAAAGGAAUGAUCGCUACCACAGACAUUCCUCUUACUCUGCUCUGUUGAUUAUUGGCAGCACAUCCCUGAUCAUACAUGGACAUGUGCUGCUCAUAAUAAUGCAUUUUUUAUUCUGAUGAAAAAUGCAAAUCAUCUGACAAAUGUGAUUGCUCAUUUAUUGGCUGAUUGGCAGCACAAUUAUACAGGGCAAUUAUGUGGAAUGCUUGUUCUCAAUAAUUGACCCGCAAAGACGUUUGGUCUCAUAGGGCCCUUGAGGUGGCUUUACACAUUGGAUAAGAGUUGGUUGACAGUUGAACAUCAGUUGACUCAACAAUCACUUGGUGAACGUUCCUUUCAUAGACGUGACCACACAGAUUAUAGUCCAUAUUGGCAGUUACCGUUGUUCAGACUGGUCAUACACAUUCAGUUAAACCGGGCAAUGGAUGAAUGAACUUUCUGGGAAUGUUCUUUCAAAGAAAAAUCUUUUGUUCACAAAUAAUUUUUCUUUGAAUGAAAGAAUAUCAAACAUGGCCAACUUCUUCUUUUCAGGCGCUGAUGGUCUGUCAUCUGUCGGCUUAGGCUACUUUCACACUCACAUUUGGUGCGGAUCCGUCAUGGAUCUGCACAGAUGGAUCCGUUCAGAUAAUACAACCGUCUCCAUCCGUUCAGAACGGAUCAGUUAGUAUUUUCUUUAACAUAGCCAAGACGGAUCCGUCUUAAUCACCAACGGAUCUUUUUUCUAUUGCGCAGAUUGUUUCAUAGAAAACGGAUCCGCCCCCAUUGACUUACAUUGUGUGUCAGAACAGAUCCGUUCGUCAGUUCGUCAGGCGGACAGCAAAACACUGCAGGCAGCGUUUUGGUCUUCGCCUCUAAAGCGGAAUAGAGAUGGAACGGAGGCAAACUGAAGCAUUCGGAGCGGAUCCUUAUCCAUUCAGAAUGCAUUAGGGCCAAACUGAUCCGUUUUGGACCGCUUGUGAGAGUCCUGAGCGGAUCUCCCAAACGGAAAGCCAAAACGCCAGUGUGAAAGUAGCCUAAAAUGAUUGUUCGUUGUUCAAUUUAUGAACAUUAAUUUUGGUUGAAAUAAACUUUAGUUUAAUAUGUAUGGCCAUCUUUAGUCAGGCCUGAUGCAGGAUUGUUUAAUUGGUUUAAUGCUAAGAAACGCACAAAAGCAACUUAAUGGCGACUUUUACAUAGGAGAGUGUUUCUGUGGUUGUAUUAAUAUGUCUAUAACAGUGUUUGUUCUUUGGAUAUGUGAUAGAGGUUAGCUGUCUGAAAACUCAUCUGUUAGAGCCGGCAGACCAAUAUCUCCCUAUGAUAAAGCACAUUGCCCAGUGACGCACAACUACAAAACAGACAGCCAUGCUGCUAAAGUGCUUCUCUGCUCUAAUAGCUAACAAUUUAGAGGAGUGGAUGCUUUUUGCCCUCUGUUCUGCUGUUUUGCAGUGCCAGCACUUUUGGAAAAGUUAUAUAUAUAUAUAUAUAUAUAUAUACAUAUAUUUUAAAUGUUGGAAGAGAUUGUAUAUUUAAUAAAA